CCCGGUGCCCCCCGGACGGCCGGCCUCCCCGCAGCUGGCACCAUGCCCCCCGCCCCCCGGCUUCUCGCCGCCUCCGCCCUGGCCGGCCUGGCCCUGCUCUGCCAAGGGCUGCUGUCCCAGAGCUCCGAGUUCAACUCCCUGGCCGACAACUACACCGUGUGUGAGGGGGACAAUGCUACGUUCAGCUGCGAGAUCGACGAGCACGUGACGCGCGUGGCCUGGCUCAACCGCUCCAACAUCUUGUACGCGGGCAACGACAAGUGGAGCAGCGACCCACGCGUGCAGCUACUCACCAACUCGGCGGCCGAGUUCUCCAUCGUCAUCUCGCGCGUGGGGCUGUGGGACGAGGGGCUCUACACGUGUUCCUUCCAGACCCGCCAGCAACCGCACACGACGCAGGUCUACCUCAUCGUGCACGUCCCCGCCCGGAUCGUGAACAUUUCCUCGGCCGUGACGGUGAACGAGGGGGGCAAUGUGAACCUGUUGUGUCUGGCCGUGGGCCGGCCCGAGCCCACCGUCACCUGGAGGCAGCUCAGAGACGGGUUCACGUCGGAGGGCGAGAUCCUGGAGAUCUCAGAGAUCCAGCGCGGACAGGCCGGAGACUACGAGUGUGUCAGCCACAACGGGGUCAGCGCCGCCGACAGCCGCAGGGUCCCGGUCACCGUCAACUACCCUCCGACCAUCACGGACGUCAAGAGCGCGAGGACCGGCCCCGGGAAGGCCGCCCUCCUGCGCUGCGAGGCCAUGGCCGUGCCGCCCGCCGACUUCGAGUGGUUCAAGGACGAUAAACACAGACUGAGCGGGUCCCUGGACGGGCUGAAGAUCCAGACGGAGCGGACUCGCUCGAUGCUGCUCUUUGCCAACGUGAGCGCCCGCCACUACGGAAAUUACACCUGCCUCGCUUCCAACCGCCUGGGCACGUCCAACGCCAGCAUGCGGCUGCUCCGCCCCGGCGCCCUGGAGAACUCGGCUUUCCCAGCGGGACCCCCCUUGUCCCCCUUCGCCCUCCUCUCCGCCCUGGGGACGCUCUGGUGGCAGAUCUAAGACCACGUCACUGCUCGGCUCGGAGCACCCGCCCGCCCGGCCGGAGCCAAGAGACGGACGGAGGGGAGAGAGACAGAGAGAGAAAGAGAGAGACAAGGAAAGGAAGAGACCCAGAGACGUCUCCGAGCCGGGAAGGAGGAGGAGGAAGAGGAGCAGGAAAAAAGGAUCUUGAGAACCCAUCACUGUGAGGGAUAAAUGGAAAAUUAUGCAUCGUUUCUACAGCCA